AUGAACGACGACCCAGACGACGAGAGAGAAGAAGAACACGCGCAGGGGUUGCUCUCAGAUCAUUCCGUGUCGUCGUCGGAGUAUACUUCUUCCGAUGAUGAUGAAGAAGUCUUGCUGCUUCCGAACGACGGAAGAACAGAAUUUGAUCUCUCGGGGGAAGAUUCCUUUCUCACUCCUUCGGGAAACAGUCCCGGGUACAAUCUCGAAACGGACGUGGACGACACGUACUCCACGCACGACAUCAAAAUAGUCUUCGCGCUUUGGAACGCGAUGGUUGGCGCCGGUAGCGUGCUCGUGUUCCCGUGGGCGAUGAGUCAAUCCGGUGUUUUUUUAGGGGCGAUAAUAAGUCCAACCUUUGGGUUCCUCUGUUGCGUGUUUAGCGCGAGUCGAUUGGUGGAACAUUCCGUGAAUACGAAGAAAAAUAGUAAUAGUAGUAAUAGUACGAGGAGGAGGAGUGUUCAGCACGCGCCGACGGACUAUUCCGACGUGGUUGGAGAAUGGUUUGGGGAAAAAUGGAAGCGGGCGGCGCGCGUAGGUAUCGUCUUGCUCAUGAUGCAAUCCGUCGUCGUGUACGAUAUGAUUUUGUCGGAUGUGAUGUUUGGGUUGGUGAGUGGAGGGUACUCGGAUUGGCGAGAACAGUACGAUAAGGAAUGGGAGAAGAAGAAGAAAAACGUACGAGGUGGUGGUGAUGCGAAUAGUAGUAGUAGGAAUAGUAGCGACGCGGGGGGCGGCGGCGUGAACGGCACGGCGACAGCACUGGAGGAUGCUCUUUUCCUAAUGUACGACGAUGCAAAUGAUAGCGGCGGUAAUGGGACGAUAUACGCGACUCCUCCGUUGCCAGCCGCAGCACCGCCUUCCCCUUUCGCUCCUUCCAGUAGUAGUAAAGACGACGACGAUAACGACCAUCACGAAAACAACGAUCUCCACAUUAAUUGUCAAAAGACAAUCACGUGGCGAUCGUCGUUGAACGGCGACUGUUUUACGCCCAAAACGGCCUCGGUAAUUGUCGCUUUGAUGCUCUUCGGCAUGUCCACGAGAACAUCCGCGGACGUUUUCGUAAAACUAUCUGCGUUUGGGCCGGCAUUUACGACGUACCUCGUCGCAUUUGUUCUUCUGCAAAGCCUCGUCGUAGAAAAUGUUGUCGCACCGAGACACUUCUUCCCGAGUCGUGGAGGCAAGGCGGCGUUUCGUGGCGUCGCCACACUUUUGGGCGCGUGCAGCUCGGCUUUUUUCGUGCACCACGCGGUCGUCCCGGUGCUUAAAACGAAUAAGAAAAGCAAAAACAACAUGCGAAAUUUAGUCUUCGCGUACAUCCUCGCCGUAGGAACGUACAUGUGCGUAGGAAUAGUAGGCAAUUUCAGUUCCACGUACGUUGCUUCGGAAGCAAAAAGAGAAAAAAUAGGGUUACAAGGCCCGUCGGAGAACUUUUUGAACGCAUUUCCGACGGAACCGAAUAAGGCGCUGUUCGCGUUUACGGCCCACGUUGCAGCGGCGUUGCAAAUGUUCACCAUUUGUCCUCUCUUACUCUUCAUUUUGCGAACAAGCGUGUACGGAUUAUUCUUCGGUCGCCGCGCGGAAUCGAAAACGACUCUGGGUGGUAUCGCCGUCAUCAACGCGGUGUGUCUUUUCAUCGGCACGCUGUGUGCCGCGGAUAAAAACAUAGACGUCGGUGGCGUCGUGAGCGUUUGUGGUGCCUGCUUCGGUUUCGUCUACGUUUUUUUACUCCCGUCCAUGAUUCGCUUAGAAGCCACGAAAGACGAAGCGAUCGGGAGAGAGGCUGUUCAACCGCCGCACCACCGAUACCCGCUCCGAAGUCGACACGCGGUCAUAGAAGAAGAAGAAGAAGAAGAAGAAGAAGAAGAAGAUGCCGACAACGAAGAAAGCGCGCCGCCUUUGGAGCGACGAAGAACUCGCGGGGCGGCUCGACGCGGCAAACGUGGCAAAAAAAGCGGGGCCGCGAAAACAUCCUCCUCCUUCUUGUCCGCGCACUCCUACCAAACAUUAUUCUUCCACGGCGCGUUCGUCGCGUUCGGAUUUAGCAUAUUAGUGAGCAACGUUCUCUAG